CCCAAACGGUCGAAAUGGUCGAACAACUGUCACCUUACGAUCUGGUGGUGCGGGAUACCAUUAACUGUGUCUCCUUAGAGGAUGAAAAUGAGUCCUCCAAUAUUCCAUCGCACUCCACCUCUACUGUUUUGCAUUCGUACUCAAAUGAGAGGCUCGUUUCUGGCUCUGGCUCUCCAGCUGACUCCUCACAGCGGCUUCGCCAUAUCACGGUAUCCUACACGUCGACUCCACUUGCUGAGUUUCAGUUUUCAGAAACUCCUCCACAGCAAUUGUCCACGUUGUCGCGCAAUAGACGCGCACCAUCCCCUUCCAGCUCCCCACCCAUGACUAUCACAUCUUCAUCCACCAAGCACACACUUGACGUACACCUUCCACCUGACAUCCAGCCAGAGAUGGUGACUAUAUCUGCCCAAAAAGGUGAUAAGCUGAAAGUAGUCGCUGAUGCAUGGCAUAUGGAAAGCAACUGUCCCUACGAGUGGUUGAUUACUUUCCCACCACUUGACAUUGACAUGUCAACGGUUCACGCCAAGUUCGGUGGUGACGGCCUCCUUAGUAUCGAUGUUUGCAGAAUUCGCAAGUAUUCGUAAAUGCUAGUUAAGAGACGUCCGGACUCGUAGGCUCUGUUGCGUGCUCUCAUGCACACAGUUGACUUGUAUAGUGUCUUAAAAAGUAGAAUUUGGACAAUUCGAAUGGACGCGUUGUACAUGUAUAUCUCUGGCUUUCUUCUAGUGUCAUGCCAUCAUAACAACUUACUCUUUAUAUCCUGGAUGAAUGACACAAAAAUCAACGCUCAGCAAUGGCUCAAAAGAGCUGAACCAUGGACCGUCAGUAGCGAUGACAAAACUUAGGAGAAAUCAGUCGUAGAAAUCAGAGGAGAUUGUUAGCUGUGAAAUUUUGAAGCAACAGAGCGCAUGUAGACUUCAGAGCACAGAGUGGCGAUCAAACGGUAGGCGCUUCAUCCAGGCACUAUGCUUUGAAGCAGGACGAUAGGAAACCAUUCCUUAC